ACCUUUUACUUUGUUUUGGUUCGGAAAAACCCUACACAGUACACAACUCCCCUUGCUGCCCGUCCCGCCGUUCAAACAGAGCCGCCUACUUCCGCAAUUUCCUCCGGCCGCCUCCGCCUUCGUCUUCGUCCCCCGUAUAUUUUAUUCAUGGCGGUCUUACCAUAUACAUCCGGAGAAUUAGUCCUCAGGGCAAUAACAGCAAGCAGCAGCAGCAGCUGAAGAGCUUUUUCUCUUGUCGACAUCCACCCCACCACCAAUAAUGUCGUGUGUGACAUCCUACAGUGUUUUCGCGCCUUCCGCUAACUUUUUCUCCGGCUUCAACAAGAACAAUGUCAAUUUCUCAGUGUCAAACGCUCCCUCGUCCUUCUUCAGCAACCUUACUCCUUCGUCUGCGUCAUUUCCAAGGCUCUUUAGCUGUGGGAAUAUUUUGAAUAGCAGAAGGCUGGUUAGUACCGACUGGCGUUGUUGUGCUGCCCAGCAAUCGGGAAACUCGGCUUCAGCUGCCUCCCUGGGUAGCGAUGACUCUGAUGAGAGAGUGGUCGUAUUGGUGAUUGGUGGAGGAGGAAGAGAACAUGCACUUUGCUAUGCACUUAAGAGAUCUCCAUCUUGUGAAACUGUCUUCUGCGCCCCUGGCAACGUGGGAAUUUCCAGCUCUGGCGAUGCCACUUGUGUUCCUGAGCUCAGGAUUGCUGAUAGUUCAGCAGUCAUUGCUUUCUGCCACAAAUGGGGUGUAGGACUCGUGGUUGUGGGGCCAGAGGCACCUCUAGUUGCAGGGCUAGCUAAUGAUCUGGUGAAGUUUGGUAUUCCAGUGUUUGGCCCGUCCGCAGAGGCUGCUGCUUUGGAAGGUUCCAAGAACUUCAUGAAGACUAUAUGUGACAAAUAUGGAAUUCCUACUGCCAAGUACCAGACAUUCAGACAUCCUGUGCCCGCAAAACACUACAUUCAAGAACAAGAGCUUCCAAUUGUAAUCAAAGCAGAUGGAUUGGCUGCUGGAAAAGGAGUAAUAGUUGCAACGGACCUAGAAGAGGCUUAUGAUGCCGUCGAUUCAAUGCUUGUCGAUGAAAUGUUCGGUCCAGCUGGCUCCCAGGUCAUCGUCGAGGAGUUCCUCGAGGGAGAGGAAGCAUCUUUCUUUGCGCUCGUAGAUGGAGAAAAUGCCAUUCCGCUGGAGUCUGCUCAGGACCAUAAGCGAGUGGGUGAUGGCGAUACUGGACCUAACACCGGCGGAAUGGGAGCUUACUCCCCUGCUCCUGUAUUGACGAAAGAGCUGGUGUCAGUAGUUAUGGAGAGUAUAAUACUUCCUACUGUGAAAGGAAUGGCUGCAGAGGGUUGCAAGUUCGUCGGAGUUCUGUAUGCUGGCUUGAUGAUUGAAAAGAAGUCUGGCUUGCCCAAAUUGAUCGAGUAUAAUGUGCGGUUCGGAGACCCUGAAUGCCAGGCAUUGAUGGUUCGUCUGGAAUCCGACCUGGUAAAAGUCCUGCUUGCAGCCUGUAGAGGCAAACUGAGCCAAGUAUCCCUCGACUGGUCACCUGGCUCAGCCAUGGUUGUAGUAAUGGCGAGCAAUGGCUAUCCUGGUUCAUACGAGAAAGGAACCAUGAUUCAGAACCUCGAAGAAGCCGAAAACGUCGCUCCAACGGUCAAGAUAUUCCAUGCUGGAACCGCCCUCGACUCGAAUGGCAACCUGGUAUCUGCUGGUGGCCGUGUUCUUGGUGUCACUGCCAAGGGAAGUGAUCUUGCGGAAGCAAGGGAGAGAGCUUAUCAAGCCAUCGAGAAAGUCAACUGGGCUGGCGGGUUCUACAGACGAGACAUUGGGUGGCGGGCGCUUCCCCUUCCGGUUCAACCGAAGCAAAAUUGACCGGGGAAAAAAAGGUACUCUGAUGGAAGCCAGAUUUUGCAGUGCCUUCGCUUCAUUUUUUCCUCUGUUUUCACUCAUUCUUUCCAUAUCUGAGAACAGUAGUAGUUUUGGUUAUGUAAGUUAAAGUUUUUUUUUCAAGAAAUCAUGUUUAGCUAG